AUGGGUGACGCAGGCUCCGAAACCCCAUGGCCAUGGCCGGAAUACACUCGCGAGGAAGGAGAGUUGCACCCUGAUAACGCAAAAAUCAAAAAGGAAAUCGCCGCCGAGUACGGCGAGGAGAACCUCCGGCGGAGUUGGAUUCAGGUCUGCAAGAUGCUUGAGGCCGUCACCAAGGAGAUUCGGGAGAAGGGUUCGUCGAUGAUUCGUGAAUUCUCCUAUGACGACUUCUUCACAAUGAACAAGGCCGACAAAGAAGAGGUCAAGCGAAGAGGUUGUGUAGUGGUUCGAGGCACCAUCCCCACCGAGACGGCCGAGGGGUGGUUUCAAUGGAUGCAGAAGUACAUGCAGGACAACAAGGGGGUUAUCACUGGCUGGCCAAAAGAACAACCGUAUAUCCUCCAGCUCUACUGGACUAAAGCCCAGGUCGAGGCGCGCACCCACCCGCGCGCCAUGGCGCUGCAGCGGGCCAUCAUUUCGCUCUUUCACGACGACGAGGACCUCGAGCAAAGCUUCGCCGCCCCAAUGGCCUACGCCGACGCCAUGCGCAUGCGGCCCCCCGGCAACUCGUUCACGGGCCUGGGCCCGCACAUCGACGCCGGCAGCCUGUGCCGCUGGGGCGACCCGGCUUACCGCAAGAUCUACGAGAAGAUCUGGCAGGGCCGCCCGGACGAGUUCGACGCCUUUGACUUUACCUGGCGCAAACGUGGGGACCCUGCUUACUACCCAGGCUCCUCUCAGUCGCACGUCGUACGUGCGUUCCAGGGCUGGACUGCCCUGUCGCCCACGGCGCCGCACGAGGGCAGUCUCCAGCUGUUUCCCGAUCUGAAGGCAGGCAUUGCAUACGUGAUGCUGCGGCCCUUCUUUCGACCUCCAGGGAACCUGGGCGACGUCCUCGACGCCGAGAAGUGGUCCCUCGACCUCGACGACCCUUGGUUCCCAGGCGUAUGGAGGCACACACCCCAGGUGCUCAGUCCCGAACCCUUCCCUCACUUGCGCCUAAAGGAAACCAUGACGUAUAUCCCCGAAAUGAAACCAGGUGACUCUGUGUGGUGGCAUAUGGAUAUGUGCCACGCUGUCGACGUCGAACAUAAAGGUAAGGACUAUGCCGCCGUAGUGUACGGCGCAGCCACACCCACUACGGAAAUGAAUGCCCGGUACAUGAAGGGCCAGCUCAAGGACUUCCUGGCUGGGGUCUCUCCUGAAGAUUUCCGCGGCGGCUGUUUCGAGGGCGGUCUCAAAGGGUUUCCCGGCGAGUCAGCCAUCCUCAAUGGCGAAGAAGGCAAACGUGCAUUUGGAUACUACCUGUAG